UGCCACGGUCUCCACCGUCUCCGCGACACCGCAGGUGGGAGACGAGAAUCCAGACCGUGGCUUCCCGUCCCCGCCAGCUUUCAGGAGAGAGAAAAAAAGGUACUUGGGAAAAGUUAUAACUGCCAGUAUUAGCAGGAGCUUGAGUUAAGAAGAAAUUUGUCAAACUCAAGGAACUGAAGCUUAACACCACAAGAGUUGUAGUUGUUGACCAGAAAUAUGGACAGACUUCUUAGACUUGGAGGAGGUAUGCCUGGACUGGGCCAGGGGCCACCCACAGAUGCUCCUGCAGUGGACACAGCAGAGCAGGUCUAUAUUUCUUCCCUUGCACUGUUGAAAAUGUUAAAGCAUGGCCGUGCUGGGGUUCCCAUGGAAGUCAUGGGUCUUAUGCUUGGAGAAUUUGUUGAUGAUUACACCGUCAGAGUGAUUGAUGUGUUUGCCAUGCCACAGUCAGGAACAGGUGUCAGUGUGGAAGCAGUUGAUCCAGUGUUCCAAGCCAAAAUGUUAGAUAUGUUGAAGCAGACAGGAAGGCCUGAGAUGGUUGUUGGUUGGUAUCACAGUCACCCUGGCUUUGGUUGUUGGCUUUCUGGUGUGGAUAUCAACACUCAGCAGAGCUUUGAAGCCUUGUCGGAGAGAGCUGUGGCAGUGGUUGUGGAUCCCAUUCAGAGUGUAAAAGGAAAGGUUGUUAUUGAUGCCUUCAGAUUGAUCAAUGCUAAUAUGAUGGUCUUAGGACAUGAACCAAGACAAACAACCUCAAAUCUGGGUCAUUUAAACAAGCCAUCUAUCCAGGCAUUAAUUCACGGACUAAACAGACACUAUUACUCCAUUACUAUUAACUACCGAAAAAAUGAACUGGAACAGAAGAUGUUGCUAAAUUUGCAUAAGAAGAGUUGGAUGGAAGGUUUGACACUUCAGGACUACAGUGAACACUGUAAACACAAUGAAUCAGUGGUAAAAGAGAUGUUGGAAUUAGCCAAGAAUUAUAAUAAGGCUGUAGAAGAAGAAGAUAAGAUGACACCUGAACAGCUGGCAAUAAAGAAUGUUGGCAAGCAGGACCCGAAACGUCAUUUGGAGGAACAUGUGGAUGUACUUAUGACUUCGAAUAUCGUCCAGUGUUUAGCAGCUAUGUUGGAUACUGUUGUAUUUAAAUAAAACCAUGCAAAAGGCUAUUAGUGAUACUUUCAGCGUAUAUUCCUCUAUUGUUCCUAAUGCUCAAAAUCAAGGGACCUCUGAAGGUGUGUUUGGUUAAAUGUAAGACAUCUGGCAUCAUUUGCAGCACUGUAACACCUUCAGUCUCAGUUGUGCAAUUACUUCUGUUUCUUUAGUCAGGGUCUUUGCAGAUUCCAAAGUUGUAUAAGAAUACAUCAAAGUGGACAAAUUUUGUUAAGAUCCCAUUUAAUAUUUGAAGAAAACAGUAACACAAAUAUAUUUUGAUUGUUGCUUACAAAAUAAAAUACAUUUACAAUCUA